AUGGCUUCACCGAGUGAUGCUGGAGACAGUCUCUUCGAGAGUCUCACCAAGGUUGAUCCCAAAAAAGCUGAGGCUCAAGCAAAAGAGCUGGAGGAAAGACUCCUUGCUCAGAAUGUCAAGGCACAGAACAGGCUGCGAGAGUUGAUUGGCAGCAAUUCAACGCUGCCAGUUACUAUCAACAAAGUACUGCUCGUAGGCGGAGGCCAUACUAGACGUUCAUUUCUAGACCCAAUCUUCAAUCCUCUUCUCAGUGUGAACCGAGACCGUCCUUACACACUCGGUGAAGCUCUGCACGAAGUUGGGUCCGUUGCUACGAAGCUCGAACGGUUUGGAAUCUUCAAGGAACCUAUAUCAACCUUCAUUGACCGUCCCUCUCAAACCGAUCCAUCCACCACAGUAACAGACAUUGACGUAUAUAUACGGGCGCAGGAACGUGGUCGCUUCUCGGCAAAGACAGGUACAGACAUUGGGAACGCUGAAGGGUCUGCAUAUGGAGAAGUGCAAUUGCGGAAUAUCUUUGGGGGCGCAGAGUCCCUGAACUUGAACGCAUCAGCAGGCACGAGAACAAGAUCUUCCUAUCAAGCUAUAUUCGAUACACCUGUCCUCUCUGAUCCGGAAAAACGAAUAACCAUCGAUGCCUUGGCAAGCAGCACACACAAACCAUGGGCGAGUCAUGAAGAAGGUUUAACCGGAGGGGGCUUGAAGUAUAGUUGGGCGACUAAAUCAGGCAUGAGACACCAACUGGCCUAUACAGGCGUCUGGAGACAGAUCACCGGUCUGGGUGAAAAGGCCAGCCCAACUGUGCGAAAUGAUGCAGGCGAUUCAGUAAAGAGCAGCAUUACGCAUACGUGGCUAGCGGACCGACUGAACCAUCCUCUCCUCCCCAGCCGAGGUUACUUGAUCAAAACGGUGUCAGAGAUAGCAGGAUGGGGCCCUCUCAAAGGCGACGUUGGAUUCUUGAAGUCUGAAAUAGUCACCACAGGCGCGUUACCAAUUCCCAUCCCCGGUAUCAAAGGAGACAGCGGCGUCUCCCUGACCGCCGGUUUACGUUCCGGGUUCCUAUUACCCUUGCCAGUCGGGUUUGGAGGAGCGAGCCAACCAAGCAGGAUCAAUGACCGAUUCAUUCUGGGGGGUCCUACGGAUGUGCGUGGCUUCAAGAUGGGUGGUUUGGGACCUCAUGAUGGCUCAGACUCAGUCGGCGGCGAUGUCUACGCUGCAGGCUCUGCAAACCUCCUUGUUCCCUUCCCUCGUGUAGGAAAGGACGCACCACUCCGUCUUCAACUCUUUGCCAACGCGGGGAGAUUACUUCCCCUCAAGGACUCGAAGGGGAAAGGAAAGGCCGAGGCUGGCAAGAGCGUGCAGAAAGACUUCUAUUCUACUGUUUCUCAAUUAGGGGAUGGACUCCCGAGCACUGCGGUGGGUGUGGGCGUCGUGUAUGCGCAUCCUGUCGCUAGGUUCGAGUUGAAUUUCAGUUUGCCGCUUGUAAUGAGGAGGGGAGAGGAGGGGAGGAAGGGUUUGCAGUUUGGAGUUGGAAUUAACUUCCUGUAG